CAAAGAGAGGAAUACAAUGUCUGUUCUGAUGACACUGUGUUCAUCCAGUGUUCAUCCUAUCAGAAGCGUAUUACCAUAAUUCAGAAGUCAUCCAGGACAUUUCCCAGCUGAUUGGAUACCAUGAGAACCAAUCAGGUUCUGCUCCUCUUGAUGCUCUCUAUCCUGUGGCCCAGCACUGCCCUGCCUUUCACGCCUGGGAAUAUUGGGAAUCUGUUUGGGAUGGCAGAGAGUGAUGGGAGGAUUCUUCAGCGGUCCAAACGUGGAUGGAUGUGGAAUCAAUUCUUUCUGCUCGAGGAAUACACAGGAAAUGACCAUCAAUAUGUUGGCAAGCUGCACUCCAACAUGGACAAAGGAGAUGGCAAUGUGAGGUACGUUCUCACUGGAGACGGGGCAGGCACCCUGUUCCUGAUAGAUGAGAAGUCGGGGGAUAUUCAUGCCACCAAGAGGCUGGACAGGGAGGAGAAAGCUAUGUACACACUCAUUGCAAAGGUGCUGGACAGGUCCACCAAUGCAGAGCUGGAGCCUGACACCGAAUUUAAUAUAAAGAUUCACGACAUCAACGACAAUGCGCCAAAGUUUGAAAAGGAAAUCUACUUCGCCAGUGUCCCUGAAAUGUCAGAAGUUGGUACAUCUGUUGCCACCAUAACUGCCACUGAUGCUGAUGAUCAAACGUAUGGGAACAGUGCCAAGCUUGUAUAUAGCAUUCUACAGGGACAACCGUAUUUCUCUGUGGAUUCUGAAAAUGGCACUAUCAAGACAGCCCUACCUGGCAUGGACAGAGAAGUCAAGGAAAACUACCAGGUUGUGAUCCAGGCUAAGGACAUGGCCGGACAGAUGGGUGGGCUUUCGGGAACCACCACAGUCAGCAUCACCCUCUCCGACGUGAACGACAGUCCGCCACGCUUUGCUAACCAUUCUUUCCGUGUAACUGCUGUGGAGUCUACGGAGAUUGGAGGUGCCAUUGGCCGUAUUAAGGCUGAUGAUCCAGAUGUUGGGCGUAAUGCUGAGAUGGAGUAUAGUAUCGUCGGUGGUCAUGACAUAUUCAACAUCAUCACUGAUCAAACCACUCAAGAGGGAGUCAUCAUAAUCAAAAAGGCACUGGAUUAUGAAAAUAAGAGGGACUAUGAGUUCAGAGUGGAGGUAAAAAACACCUACUUAGAUGCGAGGUUCAUCCACGGUUUGCAAUUCAAAGACUACACCACUGUCAAGGUAACAGUAGAGGAUGUGGAUGAGCCUCCCGUUUUCACCCGGAACCCUUACAUCAUCGAGGUGCAUGAGGACACAGCCGCCGGCAGCUUCGUCGGCGUGGUGUCGGCCAGGGACCCUGAUGCCGACAACAAGCCAGUCAAAUACUCCAUUGAUCGGCAUACAGAUCUAGAGAGGCUGUUCAACAUUGAUUCUGUGAAUGGGACCAUCACAACACUGAAAGCACUGGACAGAGAAAUGUCCAAAUGGCACAACAUAUCUGUUGUGGCCACUGAAAUAAAUAACCCACGGCAGACAACCCGAGUGCCUGUGUUCAUCAAGGUGUUAGAUGUCAACGACAACGCCCCUGAGUUUGCAAUGUCCUAUGACACAUUUGUCUGUGAGAAUGUCAAAGCAGGACAGCUGAUACAGACAAUAAGUGCUGUUGACACAGACGAACCCCUGGUUGGACACAAGUUUGUCUUUAGUAUAAGUCCCACCAAUCCAAACUUCACAAUUGUUGACAGGGAAGAUAACACUGCCAAUAUCCUGACGAAGAGGGGAGGUUUCAGCCGGCGCGAGAUGAGCAUGUACUUCUUGCCUGUGGUGAUCUCAGACAAUGACUACCCGAUUCAGAGCAGCACCAGCACGCUGAUUGUGCGCGUGUGUGCCUGUGACAGCCGUGGAAACAUGCAGUCGUGUAACCCCGAGGUCCUGCCCUUCUCAGAUGGUCUCACAACUGGAGCUCUGGUGGCCAUACUGCUCUGUGUCAUCAUCCUCCUCAUGAUCGUGGUGCUGUUUGCUUGGGCAGCUGUGGACAUGACAAUACCUCAAAUCAGUGCCCUUCCCACUUCGCUUCACUUGAUUUCAGAUCUUAACAGCUGCCAGCUCACUGUUGCAGUGCUUCACGAGUAG